UAUCUUGCAAAAUUUAUAUCCGAGUUGCAUCGUGUAUUCGCACAACUACACAUCAAUUAUCUCGAAAUAAAUCCAUUGGUUGCUUGCCUUGAUUCUCAAGGUAACCUACGGAUUCACAUCCUCGAUGUUGCUUCAAAAAUUGACCAAUGUGCUGAGUAUUUAUUCUCCUCAAGCAAGGAUUGGUUAGUGGAUGGAGAACCAAUCACAUUCCCCCCUGCUUUUGGGCAAAUUCUAACUCCUGAGGAGCGACGAGUUGCUGAUUUGGAUGCGCGAACUGGAGCGAGUUUGAAGUUAUGUGUGUUGAAUCCUCAUGGUCGCAUUUGGACAAUGAGUGCUGGUGGUGGAGCCUCUGUCAUCUAUGCAGACACCAUCUGCCAGCUGGCUUCAUCUCCUUCCGAACUGGCAAACUACGGCGAGUACUCCGGGGCGCCGACAGAAGUCCAGACGUUUGAAUACGCAUCCACUAUUCUUCGUCUCAUGACGAAUGCUUCUCCACCACAUCCUGAUGGUUAG